UAAAUAGUGGACGUAACCGACGCAAAGGUGGGGUAAAGUGACAUGGCAUCGUUGGAUCGUGUGAAGGUGCUGGUGUUGGGGGAUUCAGGAGUUGGGAAAUCAUCUCUUGUCCAUUUGUUUUGCCACAACCAGGUACUGGGCAAUCCAUCGUGGACUGUUGGAUGCUCUGUAGAUGUGAGGGUUCAUGACUAUAAGGAAGGCACACCAGCUGAGAAAACCUACUACAUUGAAUUGUGGGAUAUUGGUGGAUCUGUGGGCAAUGCCAGUAGCAUUAAAAGCACUAGAGCUGUAUUUUAUAACUCCGUGAAUGGUAUAAUAUUAGUGCAUGACUGUACUAACAAAAAGUCAUCUCAGAAUCUGUAUCGGUGGUCUUUAGAAGCUUUGAAUAAGGAUUCCACUCCUACUGGAGUCAUCGUAGCAAAUGGGGACUAUGAUCGGGAGCAAUUCGCAGAUAAGCAGAUUCCUUUGUUAGUCAUUGGUACAAAGUUGGACCAAAUCCAUGAAACUAAAAGGAAUGAGGUGUUGACAAGGACUGCAUUCUUAGCAGAGGAUUUCAAUGCUGAGGAAAUUAAUCUGGAUUGUACCAAUCCACGUUACUUAGCUGCAGGAUCUUCCAAUGCUGUGAAACUGAGUCGUUUUUUUGAUAAAGUAAGGUAA